UAUGUUUGUUUUCUUCUGUAAAUAACAUUUAGCUUUUAGGAGAUUUGUGAAUGGUUUUGCAUUAAAAUAUUUGCAACAAUGGCUCACAUGCACUAAAUUUAAUCCAUCCUUACCAUAGAAUGUUAUUACUUUAUAAUUGCUUUAUCCAAAUUCGCUUAAUUCGAAUAUAAAUUACACUUACCCAAUGUCGGAUAAAAAGUUUCGGAUAUAAUAUUGAAAUAUUAAAGACAACGCGUGAUAUGUCCAUAUGACAAGAAAUUACAGAAGUGAAUAAUAAUUGGCUUGAAGCCAGUUGAUGGCAAUUUCUUAAAAUAAACCAAGAUUUGCGAUUCCAGAAACCAACAAACAGCUCAGCUUGGUGUUCUUAAGUGUUAUAAAAAUAAUACCAUGGGAAAUGGAGCUUCAUUCCUUAGGGCCCAGGACGAUGAUGAUAUCCUGGGAACUGACCUUGAUGGGAGCAGUAAAGGGGUCAUUAAAAGGAUUCCCAUUGAGAUGAAACCCAGGGGUAAACUUGGAAUUAAAAAACCCACAAACUCCCUACUGAGAAAGCCAAAAGGCGGAAGUUUACGGUCUGCUCUGUCUAUAGACUUAGAGCACCCUGAGGUUGAAAGAAUCCGACGAGAGUAUGAAAUAUAUCGUUUGAACACUGAAAACGAGGUUCAAAACCUGAAGCGGGAGAAAGAUAAACUUGAGAACGAUAACCGCAGGCUUCGAGCAGAAUUGACGGUUUUACAGAGAACCUGUUAUAACAUGAGACAGGAGAAAGACGCUGCAGUUGGCGAGAAAAAAGAGGCGUUGGUGCGCUCUGCGGCUUUUGAGCAUGAACGGGAUAAAGUCCAGAAAGUAUUUAAGAUGUUCAGGGAGACAAAAGAGAACGAGAUACAGAACCUUCUCAAGGCCAAACGAGAGCUGGAGAACAAGCUGAGCAAGCUGGCCCACGGAUACUUCCCUGAAGAAGUAGAUACGGCAUCCAGGAUUGGCAUGGACACAACGAGCACAGGUGACGGGUGGCCGACCAAUGAGAGUGAGUCAUCGAUGGGCAGUCAGAUCCACAUCAACCCGCCCACUUUGACGCCCCGGGGACCUGAGACAGCUCGGGCGUUUGACUGCCUAACGGGCUUUGAUGGUCCAUUCACUGACGUCAACAAAGGCGAUUGGUCGUCUGCAUUGGAAAACCUGAACCAGAUCGUCCCCAUAAUUCCUGAGCAGUCGCUAAGCUGCGCCCUGCAUUUGUACAUCAGCGCCCCGAGAGACGCACAGGGCGAAGUCGAUACCUUUAUGAAGGAAUACCGCCCAGAUUUACAGGCCAUGUGUGAAAACGAGGGCCGUAUGCUGGUGACAUUGCACUUUUGGACCGCCGAGACCGACGACUCACAUGGGAUUCAAAAUAUACAAACCCAGAUGAGAAAACAUCACGCCAGUCUCUCCUCCAUAUUUCUCGCGUUUCUCGGCGACAGCACGGACAUACACACAGAUGCCGAGUACCACGUUGGCCAUCUUGAUCACCCAGGGGAGAGAACUGCUGUCUUCUGCUUCAGAGAGCUAAAGAGUUCGAAGGCAGGUUCUGAUGCCCGAAUCUUGAGAAACCAUGUCACAGAGAGCGGGGGAGUGAAAAUCAUUGACGCCUAUCCCUCCCCAGAAAAAGGGGCAGAACUCGCUUAUAUUGAAAUACGGAAAAUCCUGAGAAUCGAACUCGGACUGGAUGAGAAACCAAGAGACGAUGAGUUUGAAAUCCGCGAUCGAGACAAUCCAGAGCUUGUACCGGGUGUCUGGGACACGCUUUGCAACUUCGAACAGAUGGAGGCAUUUAAUUACGCCGUGAAAUCCAGCUGCGAGCUUGGAUUUGAAAAGCACUAUGAUCGCCUCAACGCUCACGUGAUGUCUGCAGGACCCUUGCCCCCGUUCCUCAUCUUGGGACCAUCAGGGGCCGGGAGAACACUACUCAUGAGUAAAUGGGUGACUCUUCAUGCGGAGAAGUUUCCAGGCAGUCUGGUGAUCUACCACUUCGUGGGGGCUGACAGCUCCAUUGGAGCCGACCCUGCGGUCAUGAUCAGAAGGAUUACUUCACAGUUGACCCAGAAAUUGUCGUCUGCCCCUCCGUUGACCUCUGACCCAUCCCGCCUGAUGGAGGAGUUCCCAAGAUGGCUGGAGAAGAUAUCGUCACGUACAGCAGGGGGGGUGAUCCUCGUGCUUGACUCCAUCGACAGGCUUCAUCAAGCGGAAGUCCAGCUAAAAUGGCUGCUGGAUCCACUUCCUGUUGAUGCGCGCAUUAUUGUAUCUGCGCACGAGGAGACCUGCCCACAGGCCUGGAGAUCUUGGCCAAACCUUCAAGUGGAGCCCCUUAGCAACAAGAAUGUGAAGGAGUUGCUAAGGGCGGAGCUUGUGUCGCUAGGGUCAGGCCUUAGCAACGAAGAGGAGACUAAGGUGCUGACACACUGUAGAAAUGCGGCCACGUGUAUCCCGCUCUAUGUUAUGGUGCUUUCCCGACACAUGGCCAGUUGCCAUGGAAACGAGGCCAUGGUCAGUAAACAUCUAGACGCCCUACUGACCUCGUCUGACUGCGUUGGACUCUACAUGAAGGUGCUAGAACUCGUUAAGGCUGAAAUUGAGGCCCCCGAAUUUAGAGGAAUGACAAGAAAGGUCCUGUGCCAUCUGUACCUGAGUCGUAGUGGUCUGUGUGAGGUGGAACUACUGGACCUGGUUCCAGGCCUGACCUGGGCCUUCCUGGGUCCGUUCUGUUACAGGCUCACUCAGCACCUGGUAUUGAAGUACCAGGGGGGACUACUCAUGUUUGCCCACGAACAGGUUUACAAAGCAGUGCAUGACUUCUGUUUUGCCAAGUCAGAUGGCAAGUUAGUGGCUGACAUUCAGACGGAACUGAUCAACUAUUUCAAGUCUAAAAUGAGUUCCCUGAAGGUCAGUUGCCGGGCUUCAGAAGAGUUGCCAUGGUUACUCAGUGAGGUUGAUGACAGAGAGGCAUUGAAACUCUGUCUACAGAACAUGUUUGUCUUUCAGAACGUGGUUGCUAGAGGUCGGACAAAUGAGCUUCUUCAGUACUGGGCCCUACUGGGAUCAGACAGAGCCGUCAUGGCAACGGACUAUCUGGCUGCAGCCAAACAAAUGGAAGAUAAUGUUGGUCAGUUCAAAGGGCGGGUAACUCUGGCUGACAUUGCGGACCUGUAUGAAACCUUGGGAAAAUUCUUGAAGGACAUCGGACAAUUGAAUCAGGCACUUUCGGCACUGCAGCGUGCCCUCGAGGUUCGCGAGACAGCCCUUGAUCCCGACCACCCGAUCGUGGCCCACUCACUGCACCAGCUAGCAGGACUUCAUGCGCACAGGAACCAGUUCUCCUCUGCGGAGUCGCUGUACAAUCAGGCCCUGAUGAUUUACGAGAGUGCCUUCGGACAGGACCAUGUGUUGGUGGCGAAGGAGUAUGACGCACUGGCGCUAUUGUUUCUGAAACAGGACAAGCUGGAACAGGCAGAUCUGUUGAAGAAGAAGGCUGUCGCUAUCCGAAAGAGCAUUAAAACACCCAGAACUAUGACGCCUCGCGUUCAAGGCAUGGACCCUCUGAGAAAGCGAGCUCUUCAUUUGGAGGGACUGUGUGUGGGACCGGAGUCUGCGACUCAAGCUCGGACGCUAAACGAACUUGGGGUGCUCAACUAUCUACAGAACGAUUUUGACACAGCAGAGAAGUUCUUCAAGCGUUCCCUCGAGAUGCGUGAACACGUCCUGGGUCCAAACCACCUCGAUCUGGCGCAGUCCCUUAACAACCUCGCAGCGCUGUAUAACGAUCGUAAAAACUAUGCCAUGGCGGAGCCGCUCUAUGAACAGGCGUUGCAGAUUCGCCAGCAGAAUCUUAGCGCGGAUCAUCCCAGCACAGCCGCCGUGAUCAUGCAUUUGGCUUUAGUCUACCGGAAACAGGGUAAAUUUGAAAAGGCUGAACCACUGUACAGACAGACAGUGGAGAUACGUGAGCGAGCAUUCGGUCCGGAGCAUCCAUCUGUGGCCACUGCGCUUGUGAAUCUGGCUGUGCUGUUGUCACAACAGAACAAGCACAGCUUUGCGGAACCUCUGUAUGAACGUGCCUUGAAAAUAUACGAGGAAAGUCUCGGUGUACAUCACCCAAGAGUGGCGGAAACUCUGCGAAACAUGGCCCUUCUCAAAUAUGAUCAGCAAGAUUUUGAGACUGCUGCCAAGCUGUACAAGCGAGCCACGGAAAUCAAGGAGCAGGACACCUCAUAUCAGGUCAAGGACCUGCUGUCCAGAAGGAGCUCCAGUGGCGAUACCACCUCCACUGUGAAGAACCACCUGCACCCGUGAAGAAGUACCAUACUUUACCGUGAAUGUAAUGGGCAACUAUGUACAAAGUACAUCAAUUUGUUCAUGCCAAAAUGGAGACAGAAACAAUUCAAGAAAAAAAAGCGAUUUAGACAAAUUUAUUUUUGCACUAUCAAUUAAUCAGCUUCAUUGGAAAGCUUUAUUUUGUAUUCAAAGAAUAAAGCGUUUUGAUGAUCAGAAGCAUUGGUUGCAUAGCAUUAUUUUUUGACAAUUUUAAGACCAGUAUCUUUUAAAUAUGGGACCUUGAAAGGAACCGUUGUCAUCAUUUUGUUUACUGACAAAAUAUCUGUGGAAACACUUGGAAAAGUGAAGAAACACUUGUAUCCAUGAACAACCACCAAAACCUGUGAAAAUACACAUGUUUUCGCACAAAGCCACCUGCACUUGUGAAAAUCUAGUUACAUUCAUCUACAUCUGUAAAAACCGUACUCCAUUCAUUAAGAACAAACUGCAUCUGUGAAAAUUCACUUGAUUUCAUGAAAGACUCGCCUGCAUCUGUGAAAUGUACCUGCAUUUCGCACAAAAAAACACAAGCAUCUGUGAAAAUCAAUUUGCAUUCAUGAAGAACCACAUGUUUCUGUGAAAAUCCAUCUGCAUUUACAAAGAACAAACUGUUUCUGAUGAAAUCCAUCUGCCUCCGCAAGAACCACCUUUAUUUGUGAUAAUCCACUUCAUAAACAACCACAUGCAUAUGUGAAAAACCACCUGCAUUCACGAAGAACCCCCUGCAUCUGUAAAAUUCCCCAUCAUUCAUGAAAAAUCACCUGCAUUUCAAGGAGAACCACCUGCUUCUUUGAAAAUUUGUCAGACUCUUUUCUAGCAAACUACUUGCAUCUGUGAACACUACCAACAAAAUCCUGGAAAAACACCUGCAUUAGUAAAACAGGAUUUUAGCAGAUUCAUACAGCCUCUUUCUUGUAUUUCUGCUGAUGUGCUGUUAAUAUUUGAUUUUAAAAUACAGUAACAGUAAAUGUUUCAGGUUCUACAAUUAAUAGAUUGUCUCCCUUUAAUUUUAUUGUUGAUGGUCUCCCUUUAAUUUUAUGAAAUAUUUAUAUUACACUAGUGUGAUCCUUCUGCAUUUAGGCAAAUCCUUUUACUUUAUUUCCUUUUUCGUAUUUUCAGAGGAUAAUGUGUUUGUUGCUCAAAAAUGUUUUUUUUUAACUGAAGAUCUAAUACAUGGCGCAUUUGAUUUGGGUAAAUUUUAUGCCAACUUUUAUGAAGAGUUAAUGACUAGGGUUUAUUGGUUGUAAGCAUUCUAUAGAAGACGUGUUUUAAUUAUUGUUCACAUACAAUUUUGUGAAAUAGUUUGAGAUAUAUUGUACAAAGUUCAAGCUAAGAUUGUGCAUCAAUUUACACAAGUUAACUUAAACCUUUUUUAAAAUACAGGUUUAAACUGUAACAGUUAUAACUACAAUUUACAUAACAAGAGCAAGAGUUAUUUUGUAACUUAUAAUACUUCGUUAUAUACAUAACUGAAGUUUUUUUGUUGUUUAUAUUUUUGACAAUCAUUGGUUUUAUUGCUAUCUACUUACAAUUACAGACAGUUGUUACAUUAUGCUUUGAAUUGUAUUUUUUAUGCGAUUGUUACAGUUGUUUGGAGCAACUAUUUUAUUUUUUCUUAACAAUCGGUGUUGAGAAUUUUUUUCAUAAGUUUUAUUACAUAAAUGACACGUAUGUAUUUUCCAUGUCCAUAAAUUAUGUCCCAAGUUUUUAUUAUUUAAAUUUUUUAAUUAAAUACAUUGAUCAUGUGUGCUGGUAACACUUGGCUCUAUUAAUUGUUAUAAUAUUGGAUCUUUAAAUGUUUCACUGCAUUUUUAUGUCCCCCAGUCUAUACUGGGGGACAUAUUGUUUUUGCCCUGUCUGUUUGUUGGUUUUUUGGUUUGUUUGUUUGCGUCAAACUUUAACAUUGACCAUUGCUUUUGCAAUAUUGAAGAUAGCAACUUGAUAUUUGGCAUGCAUGUGUAUCUUAUGGAGCUGCACAUUUUGUGUGGUGAAAGGUCAAGGUCAUCCUUCAAGGUCAAUGGUCAAAUAUAUGGGAGGACAUAGUGUUUCACAAACACAUCUUGUUGUUACUUAUUAUGUAUUUAUAUUUUUGUUUUUAAUAUGAGAAUUCAUAUUAUAUUCGUACAAUCACAUUUUUAUACUCGUUCAAUCUAUGUUAGCGCAAGAAAUGUUUAAUUUCUCUUUGAUUAAAAAAGUGUUGAAUUUAAUGAUUUUAAGUUAGCAAAAUAAUGAAAAAACAUCAGAUUCUAGUACAUUCAAUGUUACGAUGAUUUACAAUUAAGUCUGAUGGUUAGAGUGAUUUUAUAUGCUAGCAUCUUUAAUUUGUUUUAGUUGUUUAUAUGAUACCAAUUGUUAUAUAUGUUAUAUUUUUACAUGGCUGCUGAUAUUGAUAUUGAAGUUAAAAUUUGUUAACAAUUAUUAUAAAGUUUUGAUCUGUCUAUAUUUAACCGUCCAUUUAUUUGCCAUUGUUGCACAUUAUUUGUGAUAUUUAUAAAAUUAUAUGUACUUUGAAAUGUUUUUGAUAAAAAACGAUUAUCAUGUAUGCUGGCAAUUAUUUAUGUUGCUAGUUUUAUGCCAAAGAUGCUGUUUAUGAAAAAUAUGAGUAGUUAUACAGUUAUAAUACUACACAUUAAAGAUCUGUGAAUUUGA